AUGCCUGAGCUCGGCCCUCAACUCUCCGCAGAGGCAUCUAUCACACUAGUUGGCUCCCAAGACUUUGACGAACUGACAGCGAGGUGGACCGCUUGGGCAGCUCCGAGCUUCAAGGCUACUGUCCAAGUCUAUACAGAGGAGGAUGUGAGCAAUACGAUUCAAUUGUCGAACAAAUUCGAGCUACCUUGGCUGGCUGUGUCUGGCCGCCACGGAGGGAUUCGAUCACUGAGCAAAUUGGAUGCCGGGGUGCAAAUCAACUUAGACCACUUGGACCAGCUUGUUAUUAACUCUGAUGGCAAGACCGUCACGAUAGGCGGGGGCAUGACGACGAAACGGAUAACGGAUGCGUUGUGGGAACAAGGAAAAUGGACAGCUACGGGGGCCUGUGAAUGCACCUCACUUGCAGGUCCGAUGCUCGGUGGUGGCCACGGCUUUCUUCAGAAUCGAUUUGGUCUUGCCCUUGAUAAUCUCGCCUCGGCAAGAGUUGUGCUUGGCAACGGAAGUGUUCUGACCGCCAGCGAUGAGACGCACCAGGAUCUUUUCUGGGCUCUUCGGGGUGCCGGCCACAAUUUCGGCAUUGUCACAGAGGUUGAGUUCCGGAUACACGACGUGCCUGUCGACAAGAACUGGAUCUUCGCCGACAUGUUUUUCACUUCGGACAAAGUAGAAGAGGUUUUUGAAGUCACAAACAAAAUCAACAACAGAGGUAAUCAACCGAUCGAGAUUGUCAACAUCAUUGAAUAUCGCCACAUGCCUGACAUCGACCCCAAGUUGCCUGUCAUCGAAUUGUUAUUCCUCUAUGAAGGCACACAAGAGGAAGCAGAAACGUAUCUCGGAUUGUAUAGAGCAAUCGGCACAGAAUCCUCGACAAUAGUAAACGCAACGUACCCUGACUUCUCAAGACUCUUCCGGUUCAGCGAACAAGAUGCUGCCUGCCUCGAAGGUCAACUGACGGUGCAGCGUUUUCCUGUGGAUCUGGAAGUCUACAAUACAACGACGCAGAAAGAGGUGCUGAUCAAAUUCGGCGAUAUCAUUGCCGAAAACCCAUUUCUCAAUAACUCGUUCAUCUUGUGGGAGAACUAUGGCAGCACUGCAGUCAAAGAGGUACCAGAUGAAAGUACCGCUUUCCCCGACCGUUUCAAUGCCUACCUCACCUCGCCUGCCCUAAUAUACGUCAACAGCACAUCAGAGAAAAAUGAGAUUGCGAGACAGGCAGGUGAGGAACUCCGCUCUAUGACAGUCGCAGGACGCCAAGAUGGUAAGCUCUUCGCGUAUGUUAACUACGCGAAUGGCUACGAGACCUUGGAAGAGCUGUACGGGCAUGACGUCUGGAGGGUUGAGAAACUAAGAAAGCUCAAGCAAGUGUAUGAUCCGGACUCACGGCUGAAUUUCUACGCCCCUAUAGCCUAG